GGAGCUGUUACUGACAUGGUACAACAGUGCGAUCGCCAAUAUCCGUGCAAUCAUUGUUCCAAGCGUCGGCAAAUGGAAAGAUGUAUUUAUCAUUCCCAUCCAGACACGCGGCAUUUAUUGAAGUCCCCGCGAAGCCUCGAUAUCGAUGACUCGGCUCUGCCUGCGGAAUUCGUCGACUCAAGCUUUGUGCUUUCAACCAAGUCUGGCGUGUCCCCCCCGGGUCUUGGCGGCCAAGAUCUGUCACCACUGGCUGCAAGAUAUGGUUAUAUCGAAAGCAGUACUUCAAACAGCCUGGCGCUUAUCCGUAAAUUCGGCGGGAACGAUUAUGCGCCGCAAAACACAUGUAGUCAGCCUUUGACCGGCGAGGACUCGGAGGAAGUGAAAUCUCUUAUUGCCAGCAUGCCUCGUCGCCACAUCCUCGACUUAUUGCUGCAGGUUUUCGUGUCUGAGAUCUCCUGGAUCGACCAACUGAUAUAUCCUCCCUGGUUCCUUAGACAAUACCGAGACCUGUGGGAAAAGGGGCCGACACUCUGUGUUGCUGAUGUCGAGUUUCUCGUUCUGAUGCUCACGGUCUGCUCUUACGCGACCCAAUUCCUACCCUCGCCCUACUAUACCCUUGAUAGGAUCGAUGGCAUCUCACUCUCUCAUAUCGACAAUAUGUGCGCAGAGAUGGCAGUCUGUCUCUCACGUAUCACAUUCCGACUCGACGAGCGAGGCUCCUGGAUCCGUGUCCAGCAUGUAGUGUUCCAUGCUCUCAAGUGUCAGAUGGUAGGUGACAUGGCGAUGUGCUUGGCUGCCUUGGGCAGUGCCGUAAAUACAGCGCAGAACGACGGGAUGCACCGGGACGAGAUCCCACCGAUACCUCACAUGGAUUAUCUGCAGAAAGAGAUGAGACACAGGACUUACUGUUACCUUUACGUCUGGGACAGUCAUCUGGCUCGACUUCUCGAUCAUGUGCCGCUGUUGCCCGUUGCCGCUGCCCAGAGAAAAUGGAUUCACAUGCGUCUUUUCUACGCCCAAGUAGAUGAACACAGCAGCGGGGGAGACGCCGAGGCCGAAACUGACGCCUCGGAUAACUAUACGGAGCGCCUCCUUCAGGCUCGCCUAGAGAAUUUCUGGAGAAAUUCGGAGGCGGCACAGGCGGCAGAGUACAACAUGAUGGCCGCCGAUGAUCGCUAUUACCAGUUCUGCGAUGAGUUCCUUGCCAAGCUUCCGGCCAGCUUUAGACUGCAGCCCGACAAAACCUGGGACAAGCGUCACCCGAAGCUCCCUCUGCUGCGACAGAUGUUACACAUCGCAAUCUACCACUCGCUAUGCUGGAGCUUCCGGCCUCUCCUCUGGACACUUCAGGAUACGGACAGGCUUCCAAAAUUCAAACAGGUGCUGCUAUACAGCCAGAAAAGGGCCAUGGCCGUUGCUGCUCUUCACGUGCUAGAUGCUGUCGGCACUCUACACAGAUUUCUUGGCGGGAGCCACAGUCGCAUCAUUGGACUCAUAAUUCCUACAUUCGAGGCGGCCGCCCUCCUCGUAUGUCUUUGUCUUGAUGUGGAGUUUCCCGAGGAGUAUGGUGGCGAGCCAGGUCCGGGUAAAAUAAACCGCAUAGACCCACUUCGCACGAGCUUAAUUGAAGCAGUGCAAAACGCGUUGCGUCGUCUGCGCAUGUUGGCCGAUGUCAGUAGUGUGGCCGAAGUAGGUGCUCAAAGCCUUGAAGGGCUUGUCGCCAAAAUCGUGACGAUGACAUCGACGGUAUCGACAACAUCGGAGGAAGAAACGCUGACGGGCAACCAAGAACGGAACGUGAGGCCACCAUCUCAUCAUGAGAUGACACCGAUAGCAGAAAUCCAGGCCGCGAACUGGUCACUGUUUGUUGAGCCCACAGCAGGUCUCUGUCACGGGAUUUCAAGUGCAAAGUGAAGGACGAGAGUGCUCAAGCGAAACAAGCUGCCAGUCACCAGGUAGGUACCAAUAGCGUAGUAUAUGGGACUCAAUAACGACAAGUUAAUCGCUGCCCUCUCUAAAAGAAGAGGGGUCACAGCAGCCUAGUUAUACAUUUCCGACCCCUGUCCAGGCCAAGCCACUGUGGCUUAUUUGCACCUGACAGGACGCCCUCUCCCUAUGGCUUCUGUCCUCAGAAGCCGAAGGUACUCAGCAGGUGUACCUCUGGGGUCCUCUGAAGGUCGACUCCCCAAAGCUAGGAACAUCUAGUUCCGACAACCAAAACAACAAUCCAUCUGCUCCUAACCAUAGACUUAGAUUCGCCUCCAAGAGAACAAUAGGAAUCCACCUGCGAUCCUUUCGUAGACAC